AUGUGGAACGAUGAGGAUAACAACCCCUACGGGGCAUUCGACCACCAUGAAUCCCGCCUGUCCGACUCACUGCAUUCAGCCGCCCUGUCCCCCCCUACGUUCGAACAAGAUUCCACUCCCCCAUCCAGUCGUGACUCCAAUAUGGAUCCGCCAGACUACAUAUCUCAUCCGGAGGAUUUGAGUGAUCCCGAGGAAGCCGAUUAUGGAGCCGCAAGCCAACAGUAUCCGCGGAAGAGUGUAUACGACAGCCGCAUUGAGCAGAUUCUCUACGAGAAUCCGGAAAUGCCGAUUCUCAUUACGGAUGCCGGCAAGAAUCAUGAAGGCGGUGGAAGCUUCAUCGUCUAUACUAUUCGGACCGCGGAUCUGGAAGUUCGUCGUCGGUAUUCGGAGUUUGCGUCGCUGCGCCAGACACUCGUGAACCUGCAUCCGACCCUCAUUGUUCCUCCGAUCCCCGAGAAGCAUAGCAUGGCCGACUAUGCCGCGAAACCUACCAAGGCCAAAGAAGACACGGCGAUCAUCGAGCUACGAAAGCGCAUGCUCGCAGUCUUCUUGAACCGGUGUCGCCGCAUGAAGGAGAUUCGAGAGGAUGGAGUAUGGUGGCGCUUUCUGGAUCCAAAUGUUAGCUGGAACGAGGUCUUGCACUCCCACCCAGCCUCAUCCGUCCCCAAGAACAACCUCAAGGCUCCUCCUCUCGACCCCGCAAACCCGACGCAAGCCCACGGUUGGCUUCCCGUCCCUUCUUCAUCCGCAAAGCUCAAGCACGGUGGUGGCGGGUCGUCCACAGCUGGAGGCCCACCUUCAUCACCCGGUGAUAGUCACGAUGUGCCGGUGGUGCCUAACCCAGGCCCCGAUGUUCUGGGCCGCUUCCCGCCCGAGUCGCGCAAGUUGAGCGAACAGGAGCUGGACCCUUACUUUGUCAACUUCGAGGCCUCGACCCGAGAAUUAGAGCUGCUUUUGCAGGGAAAUAUUGAGAGGGUGAAUCGGCGGACAUUGUCACAUCUCUCUUCCCUUUCUGCUGAUUUAAUGGAAUUGGGCGCACGCUACAAUGGGUUCUCUCUAUCCGAACAAUCCCCGACAGUGGCUGCCGCGAUCGAGCGCAUUGGCCAAGCCGCAGAUACCUCCUACAUUGAGACCGAAGAGCUGUCUACCGCACUGAGUGCUAGCUUUGCGGAGCCGAUGCGCGAGAGCGCCCAGUUUGCAAGCGUGGUGCGGAACGUACUACGAUACCGGGUCCUCAAGCGUGUGCAAGAAGAUAUGACCCGAGAUGAGCUAGCCAAGAAGAAAACGCUUCUAGACUCUCUUGAGCGCAGUGAGCUGGAAGCCAAGCGAAUUGAACAGUAUCUUACCCGCACCUCCCCUCAGUCUGGCGGUCCCCGGUCACAGCGAUCGCUAUCAACUUCUUCCGCCGUGAGCAGCGAAGGCGGCAGCAUGGCCGAGCCAUCGACCGACUCCGAGUUCCCACCCACGCAUGGCGAUUCGAUCGGUAGCGCCUCACCACCCAGUCCCGCAUACAAGAAACCCGAGCCCUCGCCGUCUUCGCCGGCCCACCGCAAGACAUCUAGUGGCAACUUUGUGACGAACAAAAUCUUUGGUCGCAUCAGUCAUGCCAUCCAUGGUUUCGCCGAUGUCGAUCCCGAACGGACUCGCCGCGAUCAGAUCGGCAAGACCAAAGAGAGUCUCAUCCAGCUCGAGCAAGCACUUGAUGUAUCGGAAAAGGAUGUCAAGGACGCUAGCGCAGGCGUGCUGCAGGAUCUGCAACGUUUCCAGAAGGACAAGGAAGCCGAUCUCCGACGCUACAUGGUCGCAUAUGCGCGCUGUCACUUGGACUGGGCACGGAAGAAUCUCGAGACGUGGACCGAAGCCAAGGACGAGGUGGACAAGAUUGUCGCACGAUAG